GCAUCCGGCGGCCGCGAGCGCGAGCGCGACUCCGCAUCGGGAGAAUCACUGUUCCAAAAUCACUGACGCGCGGGACGACGCAACACGCGCCCCCCACCCCCACCACGAGCAGACGUGGACGCCGCGAGCGGUGGCACGGCACGCCUCCGCCUCCGCCUCCGCAACAACCACUCCCAAUCCCACGCGGCCUCUCGACCCUCCCACUCCCACGAGGACGAGCACCCACCCACCGGAGCAGCAGCGGAGACGCGCAGAGGAGCCGAGCCAGGCGGGCGGCGGCAGAUGGCGGAGGCGGAGGGGGAGGUGAGGAGGGACAUGUGGGGGCAGGACUACCGGACGGCCUCCGCCGACUGCGCGGCGGCGCUGGACGACUACUACGCGCAGACCAUGUCCUUCGGCCGCGGCCGCGGCCGCGCCGUGCUCCGCGCGGCCGCCGCCGACCCCGCCUGCGCGCUCGCCGCGCUGCACGCCGCGCACUUCGUCGGCCCGCGCGACCGCGCCGGGGCCGCCGCCUUCCUCGCCGCCGCCGCCGGCAGCCUCGGCAAGGCGACGGAGUACGAGAGGGCGGUGUUCCGGGCGCUCUCGGCGCUCGUCGGCGAGGACAGGGACACGGAGGUGGCCGUCGACCGGCAUUUCGAGCUGCUCAAGGAGUUCCCCAGGGAUCUCAUGUCCCUCAAGAGAGCGCAGCUCCUCUGCUUCUAUGUGGGACGGCCGGACACAUCCCUCAAAUUUGUUCAACAGGUUUUGCCGGAGAACCAAGAUCGGAACUAUAUAUACGGCAUGCUCGCUUUCCCUUUGCUAGAGCUCGGAAGAAUGGACGAAGCUGAGAUAGCUGCUCGGAAAGGCUUGGCUAUAAACAAGAACGACUUCUGGUCACAGCAUAAUAUGUGCCAUGUUUUCCAGCAGGAAUGUCGCUUCAGAGAAGCUACUGAAUUCAUGGAAUCAUGUUCUCCAUCAUGGACAUCAUGCUCAUCAUUUAUGUUUACCCACAACUGGUGGCAUGUUGCAGUCUGUUACUUGGAAGGCGAAGCCCCUAUUAGGAAAGUUAUGGAGGUAUAUGAUCAAAACAUCAUGAAGGAACUCGAUAGAAGUGAUUGUGAGCCAGCAGAGGUGUACGUGAAUGCUCUUGGUUUGCUACUCCGUUUAUAUGUGCGUGGUGAGAUAGGUCCAGCCAAAGAGAGGCUAACACCAUUGCUAGAUGAACUUAAGAAUGAGUCCAUUUGGCAUGCGGAAUGGCUCCUUGAUUUACUUAUAUUAUGGGCAUUAUCUAGUAUGAAUGAAGUUAAAGCAGCAGAAAAUCUGCUGGACUCACUACAAUCAAGAGUCUCUUCAAUGGACAUGAAGAGACAGCAAGUGAUGCAGAAGGCAAUUCAGCUAGCCGAUGCUGUUUAUAAAUAUGGAAAAGGAGAGCACAAGGCGGUGUUUGACGCCCUGGGUCCAGACUUCGAUGGGCUUGGCUAUAAAAUGAUUGGUGCAUCGGAUGAACAAGUGGACGUCUUCAAUGAAGUUUGGUACACUGUGCUAAUAAAUUCUGGAGAGACGUCUACAGCGAUUGAGCUGCUCGUCAAACAAAUCAGCAAACGAGAGGGUGCACCUUUCUUGUGGCGCUUGCUGGAGAAAGCAUACACAGUGGAGGGCAGAGGUGCGGAUGCUUCAGUGGCCACCGAGAAGGCAAAUGCUCUACAAGCUGCUCAUUUUCAUUAGUGUCGAGUUCCGGCUCGUUCACGGAAAGGUUAUAUGUACUUGUUGAUGUAUGUAUGGGUGUAACUAUUCUUGCUGGUACGCACAAUGGAAGUUUAUAUUCUCUAAUAAAUCACAGUAUGGAGUCGUGCGGUGCUUGCGCAACUCCCUCUGCUGCAACAAACCCAA